UUUGUUUGCAGCCAUUUUCACAUGUCAGUGUAAACGUUGAGUUUGGGGGCAGCAGCAGGAUUUAAAGUGACAGGAUGCCCUAAAACAGCUGAAAAUACAAAACUGAGACCAAAAUCUCAUCAUCUAAAUGAUUUUUAUCUGAGAAAAAUGUCAUGAAGAUGUUUCAGAGCCCAUUGAGCCAUCCUGACAUGUUCAUUAGCUUUAACACCUGGAAUCACUGGAAGCAUUUCUCUAAGAAAGCAGGAAACCAUGGAGAGGAGGAGGGACUGACUGUGAGGAGGAGGAGGAGGAUGAAGAGGGAGAUAAGAAGCAGGGGGAGGAGAGGAGAGAGGCAUUGUGGGACCAUCGUUAUCCAGCAGCAGCAGCUGCUCCUCUCCCUCCAUGCCGGGACCCUGCAGCCGGAACGCCGGCCGUCUUUCUUUUGUCUGGAGCCGGUUUGAGGAAAAGCGCGGCGUGUUUGGAGUGUUUCUAUUUUCCGGCAGCAGAUGAAGGAAGGUGUCUGGACGGCUGAGCGCAGCGAGACCUCAGGAUCUGAGCGCCGGGUGAUGAGAGGAAGACGAGGAGCUGCUCUGCAGCAUCACUCUUCCUCCUGAUUGUCUCCCCGCCUGCAGCAGCUGCAGCAGCAGCUGCAGCAGCAGUGCAGUCUGGCUGCAUUAUGAGUCUGAGGGUAACCGCCGCUGCAGGCCAGGCGGCCGCUGAGGGGGGCGGAGGGACAUGCUGACUGAAGGACAAUGACCUGGCUUUGUUUUCUGAGCUGCAAGCAGACCAGCAUGUUGAGGAUUUAAAGGGACGCAGUCUGAACAUGGGAUGACCGCUGAGUGGCGCUGAACCCGACCCAACAUGAACUCCUCCUCCAGUCCGAACCAGAGCGGCUCUCCUUUGUUCUGCCUGCUGGGAGCGGUGGGUUACUCCCCCAGCCUGGACACCUGCCUGCUGGAGGUGGUCAUCAUCCUCUUCCUCGCUGUGCUCAUCAUCGCCGGGAACCUGCUGGUGAUCUUCGUCUUCCACUGCGCGCCGCUGCUGCACCACCACAGCACCGGACACUUCAUCCAGACCAUGGCCUGCGCCGACCUGCUGGUGGGCGUCAGCUGCCUGGUUCCGUCUCUGUCCCUGCUGCGCUGCCUGCCGGGCCUGAACCAGCAGCUCGCCUGCAAGGCCUUUGGCUACGCCGUUUCUGUGCUGAAGAGCGUCUCCAUGGCGUCGCUGGCGUGCAUCAGCGUGGACCGCUACAUCGCCAUCACCCGCCCGCUGUCCUACGCCACGCUGGUGACGCCGUGCCGGCUGCGCGCGUGCAUCGUCCUCAUCUGGGUUUACUCCGCCCUCGUCUUCCUGCCGUCCUUCCUGGGCUGGGGGAAGCCCGGCUACCAUGGCGACGUCUUUCAGUGGUGCGCCGAGUCGUGGAGAACCAACGCGACGUUCAGCUCCUUCAUCGUGGCGCUGCUGUACGCGCCGGCGGCGCUCACGGUCUGCUUCACAUAUGGCAGCAUCUUCCGGAUCUGCCGGCAGCACAUCCGGGAGAUCAGCCAGCGCCACGCCCGCUUCGGCGCGCAGGCCACGCCCACCAGGGGCGAGCGCUGCGACGGCUGCACGGACAAGCGCUACGCCAUGGUGCUGUUCCGCAUCACCAGCGUCUUCUACGUGCUCUGGAUGCCCUACAUCCUCUACUUCCUGCUGGAGAGCGCCGGGCUGUACCGCCACAUGGUGGCGUCGUUUCUCACCACGUGGCUCGCCAUCAGCAACAGCUUCUGCAACUGCCUCAUCUACAGCCUGUCCAACAGCGUGUUCAGGAGAGGCCUGGGCAGCCUGCUGCAGCCGCUGCUGCCCGCCUGCCUCGGCUGCGCAGACGGCAGGAAGGCCCCGCCCCCCGGCAGCCUGCGCACCGACACGCGAUGCCACGUCUGACGCGCUGCAGCCGCGGAUCGGCGGAGGGUUGGAGACGCGCCUGCAGGACCUCAGAGAGGCGUCUGCGCUGAUGCCUGCUGGUCCUUCUGACAUGAAGUGGAAACUGCAGUAAAGUGACUCCAAACUGCAUGAGAAAUAUCAAGGCGUGAAUUCAGAGAAUCAAAUAAACUCUUAAAGUCCAGCAAAUGCAAAAAGUUUUUUAAAACAGUUUAUUGUCUCGUUUUUCUGUUUGGGGUCAGGAGAAGAAACAACUUCAGAGUGAAUUUCUUCUUUCUUAUGCUGGAUUUUUGAUAAACUUCCUGUUUCAUUCUGCUAAUAUUUCAACCGUCUUCUAUUGAUGUUGAGUUUAUUUUGGCAAUAUUUCAACUUUUUUGUCAUAUGACUUUAUUUUUGUAAAAGAUCAUCUUUUUUUUAGCCUGACCUUUAUAUUUUGUUAGUUAACUUGAAUUCAAAGUCCAAAUAAAUAGAAGCAACAAAAUACAAGAUGGCCACCUGACAUAUGGAGACUCAAGGAGGUGAUUGGUGGAAAAAAAUCCAUAUUUUGCAAAGCUGUGAUGAAGUGAUGGGAAGCUGCUGAUGGCUGCAGGGAGGAUGCAGUGGAAGCUCCAGAUGUGGAGGAUCUGAGUGAGAAUCUGAUCUGAAUCCAUCAGAUUCAUGGAAAAUGUUGAUUCAUGAAUCAGCUCAGCUCUCUGGCCUGCAGCGUUUCUCCACCUGCACAACAAGGAGACAGACGGUUUAUUUAGCGUUUCGUCAGCAGAGCUGCAGCCUGGAUCUGUUUUCUGUUUGAAGCAGAAAAUGUUUUACUGGUUUUGACUAAAUGCAAAAAAAAAAAGAUCCUGAUUCAUGUCAGGCCUGGAUCUGAUCUGAGGUUUUGGCUCUUUUACUAAUUUUUUCUUCUUAAAGGUUUGAUGUGCUUCUCUCAGCAUUAUGGAGAGUCUGACAGUAACUGCACCUUUUCAAUAUUUAAAACUAAACUAUGUGCUAAAACAUUUUAAAACAAAUGAAUGAAAAAAUUGUUCCUGUUGUGGCUAAUUUUAGAUCAAAUAUUGCUCUAAUCUUGACUAUUGUGGCUGUCAUAAUGUAUCUAAAACAAAACGUGUUGAAUCUUUUAUGUCUGUGCAGCUUUUGAUCCCCUCAUAAAACUGAUCAGUUUAUCAUGUUUUGAAGUUAAUCCAGUAAAAAAGCAGCAGAUCAUUUUAAUAAUCAGGUUUUCAGCUGCAUUUAUCGCACUGAUUGUCACGUUUCUCUGUUUCUAAACUGACUGCAGACAGAAACUGAACGAAGUUUCGUCCAGCUCCGUUUUACGGCUCAGACUUUCACUCUGGCAGCUUCCUGUAACUUUUUACUGUUUUAGAAUGUAAAACAUGGUUUUCUUAAAAAAGAGAUGCUGCUCCUCCAGAAGUUUUUACAACCAGAAAUAAAUUGAAGAGCCAAGAAAAAUGGAGGAUCAUGACUUUAUAACUAACAUUAUUAUUCUAGAAACAUUUUUCAGAUUUGUAUCAUAUAUUAUCACUUUAUUACAGAUUAUUAAAUCUGUGUCACCUGAUGGCAAAACGUUUCACAUUGUCAGAGGCCUGCGUCUGUUUGACCUCCUGGAGGUCAAGAACCUGAAGCUCAACAGCAAAAUAUCACAUUUACACUGUAAAAAACCUUGUCAAAAAUAAUAGGAAUGUUGUAAUAAAGUAUUACUUUGAUGUUUUA